GGACAGUGGGUGGGGAUUAUACAUUGAGUGCUCCACUUUAAUUAUUUUUUUUUGCGUGUUCGGAAAGGGAAAAUUACGCCGGAAAGCCGGAAGCUGAUUAUCAGUUUACAUACACAAACUUUUGAAGGGUUUAACAAUUAGGUAAACAACAGUUUGCACUCGAAGUGAUGUCACGGAGCUUCAUUGUUGCACGCGUCAGUUUCCACUGGUAAUAAAAAAAGCUGACCAAUGAUGCGUUGGGCGAGAAGGUGCUUUCCACUGGGCUUCCUGUUGAUCGUUGCCUCGGUUCAUCAAUCUUUCGGGGAUGAGGGCGAUCCUUGCCAGGUGAAGUCGGACAUUCCGGGCGUUUGCCGUGCUUCCUCCGCCUGCGAAAAUAUCGAAGGAUACAUCAAGGCGGGAUCUCUGUCCACCAGUCAGGUGCCAAGUUGCGGAUUCGGUGCUCGGGAGGAGAUCAUCUGCUGCCCCACCACCGCCUAUCCACCCACUGACAGAGUUAACCAGUUCGAGGUUCCCCAAACGAGUUCCGAACGCAGCAGGUUGCCGGAUCGAGAGGCAGAGAUCCUGAAUCCCACAACAACAACCGAAAGAUCGCAACCGGAUCGCCAGUCGCGAUUGGAUAAGAACCAGAACUUCUUCGACUUCAACAAGCUGCUCAGCACCACAACUGCCAAGCCGCAGAGGAGCCACGAGUCCUUGAAGUCCUUGCCCAACCAGCAGUCCAUGAAUAUCCCCAAUCACCCAUCAAUGCCAAACCACCAGAUUCGGAAUACACCCGAUCAGCAGACUAUGAAUAUUCCCACCCAUCAAUCCAAUCAGCAAUUUAUGAAUACACCAACCCAUCAAUCCAUGAAUAUGCCCAACAACCAGCCGAUAAACAAUCCCAGCCACCAAUCCAUGAAGAUGCCCACCCAUGAAUCCAACAAGAUGCCCAUUCAGAGCGUUGGCGGUUGGGGAAUAGCUCCGCCAAAAGAUAGACAUCCAGCCACCACGCAAAGAUCUCGAAUGGAUCAGCAAUGGGGCUGGGAUAGCCGAGAGCCAAGGAUCGUCAAUCGCCCAUUGACCACUCCUCGUUCGAUGGCCCAAAAUCAGCAGAAUGGCGAUGGUAGUCUCAUCCAUUUGGUCAACGAUCGCCUGAGGGAACAGGGAAUGCAUAUCGAACCGGCACGCGAAGUCCAGGUGGUGGAAACAACGCCCUCACCAGUAAUGGAUCCCUUCGAGCCCUAUAAGUUUAGGGGAGCGGAAUCGGAAACGGAUGCUCAACCACAACCACAACUGGAGCCAGAACCCCAACCACAACCUUGGAGGGAACCCGACAAUGAUUUGGAGCCCAGUUCAACGCCCAGUUCCUUUGAGGCAGUCGAGCGUCCGAACACCUCGAGGGUCAAUGUUCCGGAUAAAGAGCGACCAGCGGUGGCAGCCUGUGCGAAAAUCCGAUCCGGCGGACGGCCUUUAACGGCGCACAUCCUGGGCGGAACGGCGGUGGACCCUGGCGUCUAUCCCCACAUGGCGGCCCUCGCCGGCAAGAACUUCGACUUGUAUGGAUUCCACUGUGGCGGAUCCCUCAUCGCCAGUCGGUUUGUCCUCACCGCCGCCCAUUGUGUGAACAGCGAUGAAUACGAGGCGAGUUUCGUUCGUUUGGGAGCGAUCGCCCUCGACAAUCCAGCGGCAGGAUACCAGGACAUCAAUGUGACGCAUGUGAAGAUACAUCCGAACUAUGUGCCUGCCAGCAAGUACAACGACAUCGCCGUCCUCGAGUUGGCCCAGGAUGCCAUUGUGUCGGACACCAUCGCUCCUGCCUGCCUCUACACGGAGCCCACAUUUUCUCCAGCGGGCCGCAAACUCUUCGUCGCCGGCUGGGGCACCAUGAACAGGACCACUCGCGCCAGAUCGAACAUCCUGCUGCGGGCGGAGCUGGAUCUGGUGCCGUCGGACAAGUGCAGCGCCGCCUUCGCGGAGCAGCCGACCGCCAAGCGGCAGCUGAAGAUGGGCGUGAUCGAGUCGCUGCUGUGUGCGACGGACAAGAAGCUGGUGAAGGACGCCUGCCAGGGCGACUCGGGGGGUCCGCUCAUCCUGGAGGAGAACGAGGUGGACGGCUUCUUCUCGAUCCUGGGCGUCAUCAACUCCGGCUUCGGAUGUGCCACCAAUACGCCGGGUCUCUACACGCGAGUCUCCUCCUUCCUGGACUUCAUCGAGGGCAUCGUGUGGCCGGCCAACCGCGUCUGAGGAUUCAUUUGAUCUGCAAUAAACUUAGUUCGAACUGAUGGUGAA